CUCCAUACUUCCCCCCAAGUUUAGCUUCCUCUGUCAAUCCUUUACUCUCCAGUUCCGAUGGCUGCCUCUGCUGCCUCUGCUGCCUCUGUCGGAGUCGUCAACCGUGCACCGCUGAGUUUGAAUGGCUCUAGUUCGCCAACUUCAGCUUCGAGAUCAAUGCUCUUCGGGAGCAGCUUGAAGAAAGUGGUGAACUCGAGGAUCGCCUACCCCAAGGUGUCGUCAGGCAGCUUCAAGGUGAUGGCAUCAGACUCCGACAAGGCGGCAUCGGACGAGGAUCUCGACAAGCAGACAUCAAAAGACAGGUGGAGAGGGCUUGCCUAUGACAUAUCCGAUGACCAACAGGACAUCACAAGAGGAAAGGGACUGGUGGACACUCUGUUCCAAGCCCCCAUGCAAUCUGGAACCCAUUACGCUGUUAUGAGCUCUUAUGAGUAUCUCAGUACAGGACUUAAAUCGUACGAGGGAUUGGACAACGUAUUGGAUGGUUUGUACAUUGCUCCUGCUUUCAUGGACAAGUUGGUUGUUCACAUCACCAAGAACUUCUUGUCCCUUCCAAACAUCAAGGUUCCUCUGAUUCUGGGACUGUGGGGAGGCAAAGGACAAGGAAAAUCCUUCCAAUGUGAGCUUGUAUUCAACAAGAUGGGAAUCAACCCAAUCAUGAUGAGCGCCGGAGAGCUGGAAAGUGGCAACGCCGGAGAGCCGGCUAAGUUGAUCCGUCAAAGGUACCGUGAGGCGGCUGACAUAAUCAAGAAGGGAAAAAUGUCUUGCCUCUUCAUCAAUGAUCUGGACGCUGGUGCAGGUCGUCUUGGUGGCACCACUCAGUACACUGUCAACAAUCAGAUGGUUAACGCCACCCUCAUGAACAUCGCUGACAACCCGACCAACGUCCAGCUCCCUGGAAUGUACAACAAGGAGGAUAACCCUCGAGUCCCAAUCAUCGUCACUGGUAACGAUUUCUCCACUCUCUACGCUCCUCUCAUUCGUGAUGGUCGUAUGGAGAAAUUCUACUGGGCUCCUACUAGAGAGGACCGUAUCGGUGUCUGCAAAGGUAUCUUCCGCACUGACAAAGUCGCCGAUGAGGACAUUGUCAAGUUGGUCGACACCUUCCCAGGCCAAUCCAUCGAUUUCUUCGGGGCGCUGAGGGCGAGAGUGUACGAUGACGAAGUAAGGAAGUGGAUCAUUGGAGUUGGAGUCCAGGACGUAGGGAAGAAGCUGGUGAACUCGAAAGACCCACCGCCGAAGUUCGAGCAGCCAGCAAUGACACUGGAAAAGCUGCUGGAGUAUGGUAACAUGUUGGUUCAAGAACAAGAGAAUGUGAAGAGGGUGCAAUUGGCUGACAAGUAUUUGAAUGAAGCUGCUCUUGGCAAUGCCAAUGAAGAUGCCAUUACCAGAGGAGCUUUCUAAACUAAGCUUUUGUUCGUGGGGAAGGCAGUGCUGAUUAUGGGAUUUGCCUGAUCUACUCUAUAAUUGCAGGCCUUUUUGUUCUUUCUUCAUUUGUGGAACCAAAAUCUCAUAUCAAAAUUGUUUCUCAUUCAGUGACUUUGUGUAUCAAUUUGCUUUGUCCUUAAGUCAUUCAAUGGGCAAAAUCUAUGUUUUGCUUCUGAA